UCUCCGAAUUCAUAGUUAUGAAGGACACCCUGAAGAUUUUUAUCGGUAACGUGGACGACCGCACUACGCAAGAGGAGCUAAACGACUUGUUCCAGAAGUUCGGCCCGGUGGUAAGCUGCGCCGUCAUGAAGCAGUACGCAUUCGUCCACAUGCGGGGUGCUGACCGGGCCAAGAAGGCCAUCGAAGAGCUGAACGGUCGGGAGCUGCACGGGAAGAGGAUGGUGGUGGAGCUGUCCAAGCCUAGGCCUCAGAACACAUGGAAGAUCUUCGUGGGCAAUGUCAGCGCUGCCUGCGACGCGUCCGAACUCCGUUCCUUGUUCGAGGCCUACGGCAGGGUGGUGGAGUGUGAUGUGGUGAAAGACUAUGCGUUCGUUCAUAUGGAGAAAGAAAGUGACGCUAGGGCAGCUAUCGAAAAUCUGAAUGGAAAGGAGAUAAAGGACAAAAGGAUUAACGUGGAGAUGUCAAAUAAAGUAUCAAGGCCUGUGAGCACUAAUGGUAGUGCUCAUAAUCGCGCUCGUAGGCCUCAUGAUAUUCGAGAAACCCCACAGAACCGCUCUGAGGCUUAUAAUCGUAGGAGGGCAGCUGAAGCAGCCUAUGCAUCCUUUGCGUUAAAAUCACCUUAUGAGCAGUAUUCAGGUGAUAAUGCACGUUAUGCUUUUGAAAGUAGGAUGCGUCCACCUUCUCCGCUUUAUUUUUCACGAGACAGAAGUCCCUUAAGAAGAUCGCCUACAAGAUCGCCCUAUGGUCUUGCACAAUCUGCUGCUUCACUUGCAUCAAAAUUCCGUGCUCCAGCAUCUGGCUAUGGUUCCUUACCAUCUGCCUAUGGGGAUCAAACAAGUUCAUCAUUGUCUGCUGCCUACAGUAGUCAGUCGUCGUCUUUAUCCGCUGCCUAUGGAGCCCGAGCCAGUACACUUGCUUCUGCCUACAGCUCUCAAGGUGGAUAUGAAAACCAGUCCUCUGCUUAUGGGACAGAAACACAACCUUCAUAUGGCUCGCAAAGUUCUACAGCUUAUAGCACUCAAGGAUCGACGCUGCCUGCCAGUUAUGGGUCCCAUCUAACUUCGAUGGCGGCGUCUUACAGCUCUCAGACCUCGUCCAAUCCUUAUCAAUCACAUUCCGCCAGUACCCCAUAUGCGUCGUCCUCGGCACUGGCUAGUGCUUAUCGUCCACAGCAGAGUUCCGCCUAUGAUGCUUCUCAGAUGGCUGGCCUUGGAAUGCAGUCUGCUUACUCGUCUCUGUCUACUCCAGUAGAUGCGCCGAUGUACGAGCGCACCCGUCUUUCACCGCCGCUAACCUCUGCUUCUGACAGCUACAAGAAGACGAUGGACAAUUAUAAAAGGCUUGCUUCUGACCGCCGUUAUUCAGAAUUAGCUGACUAUCGCCGUUUAUCACAGGAGUCGCAGGAUCCUUUCCGCCGGUCGCCACCCAAAUCUCAGCUGGACUUCCGUCGCAUGACUGAAACACAGUCCGAUUACCCUUACAGUGAUUUCAUGAGAGGGCCAUCGCUAUCUGGCUAUCCGCGCCGUUUGUAA